GGAUCCCUACGCAGUGCGGGCAGUACCCGGCGCGAGGUUUUCGGUAAACUCCGACUUGAACCCGUACAAUAGCGAAAGAGGCCGAGCUGCAGCGGAGCUGUCCGGAACAUCCGGCUGCAGCUCCUCAACAUAAACAGCAAUGGCGGAGGCAGCAGUAGCGUCUACGGCGGCUUCAGCAGUAACAGGAGGUUGGACCAAACACGUAACCUGCAGAUAUUUCAUGCAUGGUCUUUGCAAAGAGGGAGACAACUGUCGAUAUUCUCAUGAUCUGACCAGCAGCAAACCUGCAGCCAUGAUUUGCAAGUUCUUUCAGAAGGGAAACUGUGUGUUUGGAGACCGUUGCAGGUUUGAACACUGCAAACCGGCAAAGAACGAGGAGCUGCCAGCCCCCCAGACGCUGCCGCUGCCCUCUGUCUCGCUGCCUGUCCCAUCAGACCCAGAACCCAGUGGGCCAACACCUGGUCCAGGGGCACAAGACUGGGUCAACGCUGCUGAGUUUGUUCCAGGACAGCCGUACUGUGGACGAGCUGAGCCAGUGAAGGUGGAGAGCUCCGUCCCUCUCAUCGAGGAGUUUGACAAUGACGCAGCAGUGGAUAACAAAGAGCUGAGGAAGCAGCUCUGUCCGUAUGCUGCUGUUGGAGAGUGCCGCUACGGAAUCAACUGCGCCUAUCUCCACGGCGACGUUUGUGACAUGUGUGGCCUCCAGGUGCUCCACCCCACUGACAACAACCAGCGCUCCGAUCACAUAAAGGCAUGCAUCGAGGCCCAUGAGAAAGACAUGGAGAUUUCCUUUGCCAUCCAACGCAGCAAGGACAUGAUGUGUGGUGUGUGUAUGGAAGUGGUGUUUGAGAAAGCCAACCCAAGUGAGCGCCGCUUCGGCAUCCUCUCCAACUGCAGCCACUGCUACUGUCUAAAGUGCAUCCGCAAGUGGAGGAGUGCCAAGCAGUUUGAGAGCAAAAUCAUCAAGUCUUGCCCAGAGUGUCGAAUCACAUCCAACUUUGUCAUCCCCAGCGAGUACUGGGUGGAAGAUAAGGACGACAAGCAGAAACUCAUCCAGAAAUACAAGGACGGCAUGGGGAGUAAACCGUGUCGAUACUUUGAUGAGGGUCGUGGAACGUGUCCUUUCGGCUCAAAUUGCUUCUACAAGCACGCCUUUCCUGAUGGGCGGCUGGAGGAAGCACAGCCCCAGCGAAGACAGAAUGGAUCCAACAGCAGGAAUCGGAACUCGAGGCGAACGCCGCUAUGGGACAUCUUUGACGAGCGGGAAAGCACCGACUCCUUUGACAACGAGGACGAGGAGAUGGUGACGUUUGAGCUGAGCGAGAUGCUCCUCAUGCUGCUCGCCGCAGGAACUGACGACGAAGUGACAGAUUCAGAGGAUGAGUGGGACUUGUUUCACGAGGAGCUGGACGAUUUCUAUGAGAUUUACCUAUAGCAGCCCCACCUAUUAACCCCCAACCCCACCCCCCAUGUAUACUAGACACUAGGAUGGACUGUCUUGUGUGAGUGAUGGACAGUAGCUUUUCCCCACCCCCUGUAUUGUGGCAGUGCCUUUAAGCAGGCCAUAUUAAUAAAUGAACUUAUAAAAGGUUUAAAAAAAUGUCCAAGUCAGUGCGCUCGUGCUAAACAUUUUCUAGACAUCUAUCCUCGUGAGUCUAUCUUGUGCGGUUCUUGUUAAAAGGUAAAACGAUAAAAUGACAAAAAGAACUCGAUAUAAGAUUUAACAGAAAUUAUAACUUUCUUCAAAUAUUGCUAAUAAACAUUGUCAAGUUUAUUUGUGGGUGUGAGUUUGACUUGUUUGUCAUCUACCCAGCUGUUAAUACAUACUCCUGAGACUCAGAGGAUGCACACUUUGCACCGUUUACUGUAAUCAUGAUGGGCAUGUUGUAAGAUUUAACUUUUCGAAGGCCGGAACUUCUCUUCUUUGUUUAUUUCUUUUUUUUUUUUUUUCUUCAUUAAAGCUGCUGAUAGGCAAUAUAUUGUGCUGAUGUUAAAUACAUUAACCAUAAUCAUUUUCACGUUGUACGGAAAAGUAUUUACUGUGGCCCCUACAAAUCUAAACAAAAGCCUUUGUGAGUCCUUUAGAUCAAAAUGGAACACAAGCUGUCCAUCAAAGCCCAAAAACCCUCGGCGGGUUUGUGGCUGUGCAGGGGGACCACUAGCCCUGAUCCUUGGUAGCCAUCUUUGUAACUUGGACAUUUCAGUCACAAAUUAGUUACGGAAAGAAUGUUAGAGAUCUGAACGCACCAGAUGGUAGGCCACCCUCCUUGGAGACAAAACAAAGUGAGAGUGGAUAGUAACGAUGCAGGACUUCUUUUACAUUCACCAGCGGGAUGUAUGGACUCAUAUGGGUCAGUACAAUAUUGAGCUUAUGAAAUGAUGAGUAAUAAUAUCAAAGCCUGUGCUUGCUUAUGAGCUUUUGUUAACCUGGUGAAAAACUACAUGAUAACUCCAAGUUUGUCAAUGUGUAAAAAAGAUUUGGAGUAGUAGAUACAUAAGGAGAAUGUUUAAAUAAAACGUGCAAAUCAGUGGUCAGGUUACACAAAGAAUAAAAGUUUUGGUCUGUUGACCCUUGGUUUUUCCCCUGCCUUUGUGUAACCCCUCUGCUAUCAUUUGUGCACCAGAUGUAUUUAGACAACUACAAAUCUUUUCUACUCGUUCAUAAACCCAACAUCUCUGCCAAUUUGUUCAGUUUUACAGACUCAGCCAUAGAACUGAAAUUUCUCAAGCACACCAAUUUGAGCCCACAGAUUUGUGCCACUGGUGGCUUAAAUCUGUUACAGCAGGACUACUGAACAAAAUGGUAGUCACCUUUUAUAUCUUCUAGCCACCAGAGGCAGCACUGAGCACACUGCUGCUAAGCACUGCAGUCUGUGAGCUGUUCUGUGUCUGCAGCUGCAGGGUUACACAGAUGACUACCUGGGACCUUGAUACACUGUCUGACGGGUCUGGUUCAAGGUUCAGGGCUCAGGGUAAACCUGCUAAGUGACCCCAACCUUCCUCUUCACGCACCUGUGCACCUAUUGUAGUCUUUAUGUGCAUUUAAGGUGAAAUGUUAUGUCAGGUUUCCCAGAUAAUUCUGUCUUUCUGCAAUCUAACUACAAAGGUCAGUAACCUGCCCAGCCAGAGAGCCAGAAUAAAGAUGGACCGCUUCAUUUGAUAUCUUUCCCUUCCACCGUUCUUAAUCUCAGCAUCCAGGGACCAAAAAGCAAGUCCUUCCUCAGAACCAGGUUAAAGAGUCAGCGCUUGUGAUUACAAACUCUUCAGCUGACUGACAGAAGAGCUGAGAGACUUUUCAUUUCCCACCAUGCCCGUGUAAAGUGUCCACUCACUGUUCUUUGGCUUCACUGAGUAAUGCAUACUAAGCUUUGCUGCAGAGAUGCUCAGCCACAGACUCCUGAUAGCUGGUCUCAACCUGUUGAACUCCGUUGGAAUGCAUAUGUUUAUACUGAAAUGUGUGUUUUCUAUGUUCCACAGCCAUUCAUCUUAACUUGAAUUAAAGUUUAUUAUCAAUCGGUA